CGUACAAUGGGUGUGUUAGUGGCUUCCUGAUCACAGAAAUAAUUCUAUUGCCAUUCGUGAUCAUUUUUUGGUAUAAAAGAGGUGGAUCAUUUUCUGGAAAAUCAUACCACAGACUCAAGUCUUCCAGUUCACUCGAGCUCACAACAAACUCCCAAAACAAACCAACAAAAAUGUUCAAGCUUUUCGUGUUCGCUUGCCUUUUGGCCGUUGCUGCUGCCAGUGGUGCUGGUGUUGUCUCCACCUAUGCCGCCGCCCCCUCUGUCGUGAGCCCCUACAGCUACAGUUCCCCACUCGCCUACACCGGAUACACUGGCUACCCCUAUGCUGGCGUCUAUGGCUCCCCCUACACCUAUGGCUCCUAUGGUACCCCAUAUGCCCGCAGCCUUGCCUACUCUGGCUAUGGUGGCUACUACAGUGGAUACCCAUAUGGAUACAAAUACGUCUACUAAGCAACUUCUCUGUGUACAUUCGGGGUACAUACCCCAAAAGCCCUUACAAGUAAAAACAUCAAAGUGGCAUAAUCCCUCAAAGAAGAGAUUGGAAGGGUACUGAUCUUUCCACCAAUUCAAAAAAAAAACGUAAUUCUCUGUUUUGGACUUCACAAUAUACCCGAACACCAACAAAACCUCAAAAAAAAUGUAAAAAUACGACCAAUAAAUUCAAAAAAUCGAUCUUAAUUUAACAAAA